AGGACCGGCGGGGCCGCGCGGCGCAUCCUGCGGGCGGCGGCGGGCGGCCGGGCGCAAGAUGAUGAAGUUUCGGUUCCGCAGGCAGGGCGCCGACCCGCAGCGCGAGAAGCUCAAGCAGGAGCUCUUCGCCUUCCACAAGACCGUGGAGCAUGGCUUCCCCAACCAGCCCAGCGCCCUGGCCUUCGAUCCAGAGCUCCGCAUCAUGGCCAUUGGCACCAGGUCUGGGGCCGUCAAGAUCUAUGGAGCCCCCGGCGUGGAGUUCACAGGCCUGCACCGAGACGCGGCCACGGUCACCCAGAUGCACUUCCUGCCUGGCCAGGGCCGCCUCCUCACCCUGCUGGACGACAGCAGCCUGCACCUCUGGGAGAUCGUUCACCGUAACGGCUGCGCCCACCUGGAGGAAGCCCUCAGCUUCCAGCCGCCCACUCGGCCGGGCUUUGACGGUGCCAGUGGCCCCCCCAGCCUUGCCCGCAUCACAGUGGUCCUGCUGGUGGGUGCUGGGGACGUGGCGGCCCUGGGCACCGAGGGCGGAAGUGUCUUCUUCUUGGAUGUUCCCACCCUGACGCUGCUUGAGGGGCAGACCCUUGGUCCGGACGAGGUUCUGCGAAGUGUGCCCGACGACUACCGGUGCGGGAAGGCGCUGGGCCCUGUGGAGUCACUCCAGGGUCACCCGCGGGCCCCCAGCAAGAUCGUCAUUGGCUACAGCCGCGGCCUGCUGGUCGUCUGGAACCAGGCCGCGCGGUGUGCCGACCGCGUCUUCCUGGGGAACCAGCAGCUGGAGAGCGUGUGCUGGGAGCGCAGCGGCCGCACACUCGUCAGCUCGCACAGUGACGGCAGCUACGCCAUCUGGUCUGUGGACGCCGGCAGCUCCCCGACGGCACAGCCCACCGCGGCCACCACGCCCUACGGCCCCUUCCCCUGCAAAGCCAUCAACAAGAUCCUCUGGCGGAACUGUGCCUCUGGCGAGCCCCUUGUCGUCUUCAGCGGCGGCAUGCCCCGCGCCAGCUACGGCGACCGCCACUGCGUGAGCGUGCUGCAGGCCGCGAGCCUGGUCACGCUGGACUUCACCUCCCGCGUCAUCGACUUCUUCACGGUGCACAGCGCGCGGCCCGAGGACGAUUUCGACGAGCCGCAGGCCCUGGCCGUGCUGCUGGAGGAGGAGCUGGUGGUGCUGGACCUGCAGACGCCCGGCUGGCCGGCCGUGCCCGCCCCCUACCUGGCCCCUCUGCACUCGUCCGCCAUCACCUGCUCGGCCCACGUCGCCAACGUCCCCGCUAAGCUCUGGGCCCGCCUGGUGAGCGCCGGCGAGCAGCAGAGCCCCCAGCCGGCCUCCGCCGUCUCGAGCUGGCCUAUCACCGGGGGCCGCAACCUGGCCCAGGAGCCGUCGCAGCGAGGGCUGCUGCUGACCGGCCACGAGGAUGGCACUGUGCGGUUCUGGGACGCCUCCGGCGUGGCCCUGCGGCCCCUCUACAGGCUGAGUACAGCCGGCCUCUUCCAGACGGACUGUGAGCACGCCGACAGCCUGGCCCAGGCCGCCGAGGACGACUGGCCGCCCUUCCGCAAGGUGGGCUGCUUCGACCCCUACAGCGACGAUCCCCGGCUCGGCGUGCAGAAGGUGGCGCUCUGUAAAUACACGGCCCAGAUGGCGGUGGCUGGCACAGCAGGCCAGGUGCUAGUGCUGGAGUUAAGCGACGUGCCAUCGGAGCAGGCGGUCGGUGUGGCCAGCGUGGACCUCCUCCAGGACCGCGAGGGCUUCACGUGGAAGGGCCACGAGCGGCUGAUCCCCCGUGCGGGGCCGCUGCCCUGGCCGGCCGGCUUCCAGCCCCGCGUGCUGGUGCAGUGCCUGCCACCGGCCGCCGUCACGGCCGUCACGCUCCACGCCGAGUGGGGCCUGGUGGCCUUCGGCACCAGUCACGGCUUUGGCCUGUUCGACUACCGGCGCUUGAGCCCCGUGCUGGCCAGGUGCACCCUGCACCCCAGUGACUCUCUGGCCAUGGAGGGGCCGUUGUCCCGGGUGAAGUCGCUCAAGAAGUCGCUGCGCCAGUCCUUCCGGCGCAUCCGCAAGAGCCGGGUCUCGGGCAAGAAGCGCGCCGUUGCCGCGGGCAGCAAGUUGCAGGAGGCCAACGCACAGCUGGCGGAGCAGGCCGGCCCCCACGACGUGGAGGUGACGCCCGUGCAGCGCCGUAUCGAGCCCCGCUCGGCCGACGACUCCCUCUCGGGCGUCGUGCGCUGCCUGUACUUCGCCGACACCUUCCUCCGAGACGCGGCCCACCAUGGCCCCACCAUGUGGGCGGGCACCAACUCGGGCUCCGUGUUCGCCUACGCGCUGGAGGUGCCAACGGCAGCAGCGGGCACCGAGAAGCGGCCCGAGCGGGCAGUGGAGGCCGUGCUGGGCAAGGAGGUGCAGCUGAUGCACCGGGCCCCCGUGGUGGCCAUUGCCGUGCUGGACGGACGCGGCCGCCCGCUGCCGGAGCCCUAUGAGGCCUCGCGGGACCUGGCACAGGCGCCCGACAUGCAGGGCGGCCACGCCGUGCUCAUCGCAUCCGAGGAGCAGUUCAAGGUGUUCACGCUGCCCAAGGUGAGCGCCAAGACCAAGUUCAAGCUGACGGCCCACGAGGGCUGCCGCGUACGCAAGGUGGCCUUGGUCACGUUCGCCAGCGCCGCCUGCGAGGACUACGCGGAGACCUGCCUGGCCUGCCUGACCAACCUGGGCGACGUGCACGUGUUCUCUGUGCCCGGCCUGCGGCCCCAGGUGCACUACUCCUGCAUCCGCAAGGAGGACAUCAGCGGCAUCGCCUCUUGCGUCUUCACACGCCACGGCCAGGGUGAGGCGGCGGCUCCCGGGCCGGGCCGGGCUGGGCAGGCCGGGGACCCUGUGGUCCUCGUGGCCCCUCACCGCGCCCUCUGCUCCCCUCUCCGCCGCCCAGGGUUUUACCUCAUUUCCCCGUCGGAGUUUGAGCGCUUCUCCCUGAGCGCCCGCAACGUCACCGAGCCGCUCUGCUCUCUGGAUAUCAGCCGGCCCCGCGAUGCCACGCCUGCCAGCCACAGGCUCCGAGAGUCACCCAAGCUGAACCAGGCCAACGGGACCCCGGGCCUCGUCCUGGCCCCCCAGAGCUGUGACGGGAGCCCCGACCCCGCGCGAAGCAAGGGAGCUGACACCCCCGAGCCGCCCGAGGCCGCGCUCUCGCCCACGUCUGUCGACUCGGCCACCAGCGCCGACACCACGUUGGACACGACGGGGGACGUCACGGUGGAGGACGUGAAGGAUUUUCUGGGCUCUCCGGAGGAGUCCGAGAAGAAUCUGCGGAACCUGUCGGAAGACGAGGCUCGGGCCUGCGCCAUCCUGAUCAAGUGAAGUGCUGCAGGACGGCCAGGGCCGCCAGGCCACCCACCCCCUGCGCUGCUCAGCGCUGGAGGCCGGGACCCCGGGCCUUCCAGACCUGCACCUGCAACCUUGGGUUCCGGCAGGACCUGCCCAGCCUGGCCUGAGCUUCAGGGCCAUUCAGACCGGCCCUUCCUGCAGGUGGCGGCGACUCGGGAGGGCAGCGCCCCCGCCCCCACCCCCCCUCUCUUGCAGAGUAUUUUUCUAAUGCCUGUGCUGGGCGCUGCAGUCAUUUCUAAAACUAUUUUGGUACUUGCUCCUGGGCCAGCUGCCCCCUCCCCCCCAGCCUGUGCAAGUGUGUGUAUGCACGUGCGUGUGUAUGAGAGACGGAGCGUUCCACUGGGUCCCCAGGACUGGGGCCCAGCCCGGUGCAGGGGUAGGGGUGUGUGUGUGGGGGUGUGUGUGUGUGUGUGUGUGUUUCAGUGGGGGAGGGGUGGUCAGGAUGGGUUUCCCUGUAGAUUGUACCCUGGGUUUUUUUUGGCCUUUUGUUAAAAUUAGUGGUUUUAAUAUUA